GUGGUGUCUCUUUCUGGAGGGGCACGUGACAAGAGCCAGUGGGGCUGCCUGGAGUGCUGAGGCGGGUGGGGUGCACGGCGAGACCAUGAAACUAAAUUGGUUGCUGUAUGCAGCAUUGCUAUUAGUUGGAACCUCCAGUAUCCAGGCACAUGAAGAUGAAUUUGACCAUGGUGAUGAUGAUGCGAUAGAUAUUGAAGAUGACCUUGAUGAUGGUGUUGAGGAGGUAGAGGAGCUGAAGCAUGAACCCAGUACUCCUCCUCCGCCCCCAAAGGUAACUUACAAGGCCCCAGUCCCAACAGGAGAAGUUUAUUUUGCUGAGAACUUUGAUAAGGGGACUUUUGCAGGAUGGGUUAUUUCCAAAGCUAAAAAGGAAGACACGGAUGAUGAAAUUGCCAAAUAUGAUGGCAAAUGGGAAAUACAGGAGAUGAAGGAAACAAAACUUCCAGGGGACAAAGGACUUGUACUGUUGUCCCGGGCUAAACAUCAUGCGAUCUCUGCUAAACUCACCAAGAUGUUUGUCUUUGAUACCAAACCCCUCAUUGUGCAGUAUGAAGUAAAUUUCCAAAAUGGGAUUGAAUGUGGUGGUGCAUAUGUGAAGCUGCUUUCCAAAACCUCUGAACUGAACCUGGAUCAGUUCCAUGACAAAACUCCCUAUACAAUCAUGUUUGGCCCUGACAAAUGUGGGGAAGAUUACAAACUGCACUUCAUCUUUCGGCAUAAGAGCCCGAAGACUGGCAAAUAUGAGGAGAAGCAUGCAAAGCGUCCUGAUGCAGACCUGAAGAACUACUUUACAGAUAAAAAGACUCAUCUUUAUACAUUGGUUUUGAACCCAGACAACAGCUUUGAAAUCCUCAUUGAUCAAAGUGUUGUAAAUAGUGGGAAUCUUCUGUCUGAUAUGACUCCUCCUGUGAAUCCUCCACAAGAGAUAGAGGACCCGAAUGAUCAGAAGCCAGAGGAUUGGGAUGAGAGAGCCAAGAUUCCAGAUCCAGAUGCUGUUAAACCAGAUGAUUGGGAUGAGGAUGCUCCUGCUAAGAUUCCGGAUGAGGAUGCUGUGAAGCCAGAAGGCUGGUUAGAUGAUGAGCCAGAAUAUGUUGCUGACCCUGAUGCAGAGAAACCAGAGGACUGGGAUGAGGAUAUGGAUGGAGAGUGGGAGGCACCUCAGAUUGCAAAUCCUAAAUGUGAGUCGGCCCCUGGCUGUGGUGUCUGGCAGCGGCCCAUGAUUGACAAUCCCAGCUAUAAAGGCAAAUGGAAGCCUCCCAUGAUAGAUAAUCCUAACUACCAGGGUAUCUGGAAGCCCAGGAAGAUUCCAAACCCAGAUUUCUUUGAAGAUUUGGAGCCUUUCAAAAUGACUCCCGUUAGUGCUCUGGGGCUUGAGUUAUGGUCUAUGACUUCUGACAUAUUCUUUGACAACUUCAUCAUCUGCACAGAUCGGGCAGUGGCUGAUGACUGGGGUAAUGAUGGAUGGAGUCUGAAGAAGGCAGCUGAUGGUGCAGCUGAGGUGAGGAAGCGUCCCUGGCUUUGGGUAGUCUACAUCCUGACUGUGGCUCUGCCUGUGUUCCUUGUCAUCCUCUUCUGCUGCUCUGGAAAGAAACAACCAAGUGCUGCAGAGUACAAAAAGACUGAUGCCCCUCAGCCCGAUGUAAAUGAGGAAGAGAAGGUAGAAGAGAGAGACAAGGGAGAAGCAGAGGAAGAGGAGGAAGAAAUGAUUGAAGAAAAGCCAGAAGUGAAGCAGAAGACUGACGGUGAUGCAGAAACUGCAAGCUAGGAGGAAGAGGAGGAGGAGGAGGAGGAAGAAGAAGAAGAAGAAGCAAGAAAACCCACUGUAGAGGAAGAAGAAACUGCAAAUAGAUCCCCCAGAAACAGAAAACCAAGAAGAGAAUGAAAUAUCCUAAGAACUUGAUCUGGUUAAUUUUCCCCAAGAUGGUUUUGGGAGAGGACCUUGGAUACCUUUUGCUGAAACUCAGAAAAACCUCAAGACUUCACCAUCCACAGGUUCCUGUCAAAUGCUCUUCAAUGUACAUGAGUGUUUAGCAGUAAAAUAUUCGCAGUUGUGUUUUUAAAUAGAGUAUUCCUGUAGAAAGAGAGUGCAUUUAACACAACCCUGCUAUGGAUUUCUGAAAUGUUACACGAACUAAUGUUUUUCUUUUGUGUUUAAAGAAUUGUUUUGUUUUAAAUAGAAUGGUAGAUUUGCCAGUCUCAAACUUGGCUUUAAAUUAAUGUAUUAACCUAUCAAUGGAAAUGAGCAUCAAACCAUAGAAAAAUGGUAGCUGGUGUGUAGCUUUUAUAAUUAAUUUUUUUUACAGAUGGACAUUCUUAUACAAUAUUUCUCUUGAUUUGAUCAUGUUAAAGCAAAGUUGUCAAUGCAAUGCAUUAACUUUUCAGUUUCAGUCAAAAAUAGAAUGGGCAAUUAAAAUUCAUUAGAAGAAACAAUAUCAAGUGUUCAAAUAUUUUUUCCUCCUUUUUCAUUGGAGAAAAAAAAAAGCCCUAGGCCAUGAACUAUCCAUGUUGGGCAUGGGUACCAUCUACUUAACAGUAUUUUCAUUCGGCCUGAUUUUGGGAGCAGGUUUUGAUUUAAGGUACUAAGACUGAGACUGGAUGUCGUGGUUUUUUUUUUUUUUUUAAAGCCCUUAAACUCCUCUCUGUAUGGAGUUUGUUUUCAUUGUGUUUGGGUUUUCUAUUUUUUUGUUGGUUUUAAAAUUCUUUCCUCCCAUUACUGCUUCUGCUGUUCUACAGUUCCUGCAGAAUGCAGCAUGGCUGCUACAGAAUACAUAUGUUCAGCUCACUGUUAAGUCUGUUCAGUUUUUUAAAAAAUCUCAAAAGGUAGAAAUAUUUCUGGGGUCCAAAUGCUGUGGACAGGGCAGUGUUGCUAACUUUCUCAUUGUUGCCAUUGUAUGUACGCUAAUGACAGAGACAAGAUGAGUGAAGUGUAGGCAAGAUGAUCUAAGACUUGCACCCAAAAGCAGAUGUCAGUAUUUGUGGCUAAAGGAGGAGCAUGUAAAACAAAUUGUUGGGUAUAUGUAACAGUUUGAGUCUCCAUCUGCUCUUCAUGUAUCAAACUGUGUUGUGAAUUUAGGGGGUUCCAAUUCCAGCUGAAUAAAUUUUUUUUAAAAAAUGUGUUUCAUUGAGUAUCUAGCAGUUCAAAGCCCUUUUUGUGUAGAAUACAGAAAACUAUCAGAACGUAUGCCUCUACAAGGAUAAAACUGUAAUCCCUUCACUGUAUUAGAGCACGUAGGGGUAAGAUUAAAUGUCUCGAGUGCUAUCUGUUGUCCUCUAUUCAGGUACAUAUGGGCAAAAUUGUGUUUUGUGCAUUGACUAGAAACACUCCAGGGUUUUAUUAAUGGAUAAAAAAUUCACAAAGUGGUCAGACUAGUUCAGAAAACAUUUUUAAUGGCUGCCUAGAAACAGAGCUUUUGCUGCAUAUGAGGUAUGGUUAUCAUGUUCAAAUUCACAACCAUAAAUUCCCUACUGACCUUGACAUGGUCAAUGGAUAGAUUUUCCAAGCCAGCUAAAAGUGUGUACUUGUGGACCAUUUUAUUUAGAAAAUAAGUUUUUUGCAAUUGUUAAACUUUGCUAAUUACCUGACAUUUCCACAAUGUCACUGCUGCCUUAUUGGGAGCUAUAGGGCUUACAGGCAUGGCUUUCUUAAUUAGAGCAUUUUAGUCACUGAUCUAAAACAGUUAGACAGCAAGUAAAAAAUGGAACUGCUGUCACUAUCUGUCUCCUGUCUUAUUCCAACCCAUGGUUGAUAUGCAGUUACCAUUUGCAGUGUGUACUGUUUUAAAAUGUUUGAGUUAAAACUGUCUGUCUUUGUGCACAAAUUACUUCAACAACCCCUUUUUUCUUCUAUGAAACAUGUGUUCCUUUUUUCUCCAGCACACUGUGAAAAAUGAAAUAUUAAUUUCAUUUUCAAACAAAGCUCUUGAGUUGAUAUCUAAACAUAAUAUUUUUUCUGGCUUCCAUAUAACCUCUUUAGAAGGCUUUUCUGUUUGCAUGCUCUGGCUCUUCUGAUGUCAGUGAAAUUUUAAAAGGCACUACAGUAACAUUUUGCAGUCUGUUGCUUGAAAUGUACUGCUUUAAAAAACCUUUAGCCCAGUGUUUAACUGUGAACCCAUAUUAAGUAAUGUGCCACACUGAGAGGGGACUAUUGCAUUAGCUAUAUAAGAAAGAAGGAUUCAAAUAGAUUGCAGUUUUCAAAUAACAAGCUCUGACUCUGACCAGAUAGAUGUUUUUUUAAAGUACUUCAGCCUGAAAUCUGCUCAAAAUCUAUAAAGAUACAACUAAUAGUGGGGAAGCUGAGUCCUAUAUUGCAUUAGGAAGGGUUUAAAAAAAUGCAUUAGGAAGUGUUUUUUUAAAAAACCCUUUCCCAAAACAUAACUUCAGAUUGCACUGAAUAGGAUGCAAUGGCUUAUACUUUUGUCUGGAAAAUAGUAAAUUGCAUUUAGAAAUUUCAAAACAAUGUUUGUUAGUAUAUUGGGUACUAAAAAGUAGAUACUAUUUAACAAGGUAAUGCUCCUUCAGUGAAUGUGGCAUGCCUUCGGAUAUUUUACAAUGCUAAUUUACGUAAAUUAAAAAUGCAGAUGGUAAAAUGCACUGAGACUCAAUAUUUUGGCUGUUAUGGAUGAUAGAAGUCCCAUGCAAUCAUUAAUGGGGAAAGGUAUCCUAGUUCUUCAAUGCUUGGCUUCUCUUAAUUUGUGGCAGUAAAUAUGGUGCUAAUGGCUACUACUUGGCACCCUUCUGCCUCCUGCCCACUAUAGUUUUCUAAGUGCCAGUACUGCAUCUGUACAAUGCCAGCAAGUGUUAGUGAAUAAGACUGUGACUUCUCAAAGUCCUGACUGUUAAAGAACUGAAUAUUUGGUAUGCAUAUAUAAUAUAUUGGUUAAGUUAUGAAGAAAUGUAAGCUUACGCUGAUUAAUAAAGAAACACAAAACUA